GGAGGGGAGAGGGCGGAGGGCACUGGUAGGACGAUGAGAGCCCGGGGAGAAGCAGCCCCCCCGGAGCGCGGGGCUAGACCAGGGGCCAUUCCGGGACCCCAGGAUCCUGACCUGGAGGAAGGCAGACACUCAACUGCGAGCCCCCGGGCGUCCCCUGUGAUGUGUUUUCCAAAUGUGAAUAACUUCAGUAUUUCCUCAUUGUGGAAACAAUCCACUGUUGGUUGGAGUCUCGAGCCUGUUGCCUUCUAGCCGGGACGGUCCCCCAGCCCUUCAGCCCGUCUGAACUUCUCCUGCCGCCUGCACACGCGCGGCUCCGUAAUCGAGACCGCGGGGCAAGCAGGACCGCCGGGCACGCAGGGAGCAUCAGGGGCCCUUUCCCGCACUGCCUAUCCGUCUGUCCCUCUGUCCAACCGUCCCACAACCCCUCCCUCCUCUUUCCUCGCCCCUCCGGGCACACAUACCUUCACCCUGCAUCGGUAUCCCCCAAAUUCCUCCGUCCGGGGUGCCCUGAGUGUCUCCGCGACUCGUUCAUGGUGCCCCUUUUGGGGAAGCAAGAAGCCCGGCCCCAUCCGUGUCCUUGCAGCGGGACUAAGAAUCACGUGGCCACGAGACAGAUUCACAGGAGAAAAUCCAAUUUCGCAGCGUGCGGACGGGGAGUCCACACAGAUGUGAACGUCCCGGACGGUCGGGCGACAGGAGGCACCCGUGUCAUCUGAACGGAGAAGGGCCGGGGCUCUGGGGCUUCGGAGGGAAGGAACCCACUUUAUGGGGCGACAAGAGGCGGCUGUUUGCGGAUUAGGGGGUCUUCCGCCGUGCAGAUCAAAUGCGUCUCUGCUGAGAACCUCAUUCUGGAAAGGUCCCCCAGUCCAGAUUUUUCUGUGGGGUUAAGGAGGGGGUAGAGUUUCUCCCGAGCCCACGGGGUCUCCGUUGCCGGCAGCUCAAGAAAAUGCUCGCGCCAAGUAGUGCGUUCCUGGGGGUUGGAGUCUGACCCCCUUCACCCCCGACCAAAAGAAAUACCGAAUAGUUCUAUCAAUUAAUUGUUGCUAUUGGGUCCAAACAACUCAGCAGCAGCAGGCUGUGUGGUGUCCAACAGGUGACUCUGUGGCCCCCUGAGAAGUUUAAAAACCCACAAGCGACCUUGCAAGUUGGCUGAGGUUCCUCAGGGUGCCCGGAUGCACCGUUUGGGAACCAUCGCCCGACCACUCUGGGCAAUGCCUUUUCCUCACCUGCAUGUCCCUCAGAGGCUUACCUGUGAGCCGCAGCCGCCACCAUCUGGAGAGGCAACAGGACACACGAUGUCUUCCCAAAAGCAUCAGGUCGGGGGACAGGACCCAGGUGACCUCACCAAAAUGCUCCACUCCCUGACCCUGCAGCAGCCGGAAGGAAGCAGGGCCCAACAGAAGACAAAGGGCCCCGAGCACAGCCUGGCUAGCCAGUAUGAGGAGAAGGUACGCCCCUGUAUCGACCUCAUCGACUCCCUGCGCGCCCUGGGUGUGGAGCAGGACCUGGCCCUGCCCGCCAUCGCCGUCAUCGGGGACCAGAGCUCGGGCAAGAGCUCCGUGCUGGAGGCUCUGUCGGGGGUCGCCCUCCCCAGAGGCAGCGGGAUCGUGACCAGGUGCCCGCUCGUGCUGAAGCUGAAGAGGCAGCCGCAGGAGAGCGCGUGGAAGGGUCGGGUCAUCUACGGCACCAGGGAGGUCCGGCUCCAGGACCCCUCCCAGGUGGAGAAGGAGAUCCUCAAAGCCCAGAACACCUUAGCCGGGGACGGAGUCAGCAUCAGCCAUGAGCUCAUCAGCGUGGACAUCAUCUCCCCCGAGGUUCCGGACCUGACCCUCAUCGACCUCCCCGGCAUCACCAGGGUGCCUGUGGGAAACCAGCCCCAAGACAUCGGGCUGCAGAUCAAGGCACUCAUCAAGAAGUACAUUCAGAGGCAGGAGACAAUCAACUUGGUGGUGGUCCCCUGCAACGUGGACAUCGCCACGACAGAGGCGCUGAGCAUGGCUCAGGAGGUGGACCCCAGAGGAGACAGGACCAUAGGAAUCCUGACCAAACCGGAUCUCGUGGACAAGGGCGCGGAACCCAUAGUCAUGAAAGUGGCUCAGAACCUCACGUACCAUCUGCAGAAGGGCUACAUGAUGGUGCGGUGCCGGGGCCAGGAGGAGAUCACCAACAGGCUGAGCCUGGCCGAGGCAACCAGGAAGGAAACGAUGUUCUUCCAGAAACACCCGCAUUUCAGAGCUCUCCUGCAGGAAGGAAAGGCUACGGUGCCCUGUCUGGCGGAAAGACUGACCAACGAGCUCAUCUUGCACAUCAAUAAAUCACUCCCGCUGCUAGAGGAGCAAAUACGGGAGAGCCACCAGAGGGCCACCGAGGAGCUGCACCAGUGCGGAGACGACACCCCCAGCAACGAGACGGACAGGAUGUUCUUCCUGAUCGACAAAAUCAAGAUGUUUAAUCAGGACAUUGAGAAGCUAACAGAGGGAGAAGAAGUCGUCAAGGAGAAAGAGACCCGCUUAUUUAACAAAAUCCGGGAGGAGUUUGAGAACUGGGUGCUCGUGCUCACAGCCAAUACCCAAAAAGUUAAAAAUAUUAUUCACGAAAAAGUCUCAAUAUACGAGAAGCAGUAUCGCGGCAAGGAGCUUCUGGGCUUUGUCAACUACAAGACGUUCCAGACCAUAGUGCACCAGUACCUAGAACAGCUGGUCGACCCCGCGCUCGCCCUGCUCCAGAAGGCUGUUGAAAUCAUCCGGCAAACGUUCUCCGACACAGCCAAGAAGCAUUUUAGUGGAUUUUCCAACCUUAAUCAAAGAGCCCAGAACAAGAUUGAAGACUUAAAAACGAGACAAGCAGAAAUAGCGGAAAAUCUGAUCCGGCUUCAGUUCCGAAUGGAGCAGCUGGUGUACUGCCAAGACGAGAUUUACAGCGUGGUUCUGAACCAAGUCCGGCAAGAGGUUUUCAACCCAGUGGGAAAGCCCAUGCAGAAUCAUGAGAUGAAAGUGUCUUUCUCAAAAGAUACGUCUUCGAUGUCGUCCAUCACUGAAAUUGGGGUGCACCUGAAUGCAUAUUUCUGGGAAACCAGCAAACGUCUGGCCAACCAGAUCCCAUUCAUAAUUCAGUAUUUCAUACUCCAGGAGAACGGCAGUUGCCUACAGAAAGCCAUGAUGCAGGUCCUACAGGAGAGGGAGAACUACUCCUGGCUGCUUCAAGAGCAGAGCGACAUCGCUGCCAAGAGGAGGUUCCUUAAGGAUAAAAUUUACCGGCUGUCUCAGGCGCAGCGCACGCUCUAUAAUUUCUACGGUUAAAGGGGGCGCGUCUGUGGAGGGGCACGAUGCUUCGGGAUUUUCUCUUCUGUGCAUUCACCUUAAGGAGAGGCGAGAGGUGGCCUCUUGCUUGGAACCAAGCUUUUCUGCUGCCCUCCUGUGUCCGCCUUCUCUGUACUGCGCUUGCGCUCAGCCCAGAGUUUGUAUCUAAAGUUCGCACUCACUUGGGGCUGUCACCUCCGCCAGGAGGUCCUCUCUGAUCUCCCCAAAGAGGUGGCUCUCCAGUCCUUGAGCCCCACACCCCCUGGUCACAGCAUUGUCAACUAUUGCUCUCUUUCUUUGUUAGGUUGUAAGGCCCCAGAGGGGGGAGGUCAGGAUCAUAUUCUUCUGUAUUUCCAGAAUCUUGAAGGGCACCGGCUACACUCUAGUCCCUUAAUACAUGAUCUGUCACUGAACACGUGAAUGAGGAAGCCUCCCGGGUGCUAUGGCUUAAAUCCAGACUUGGGUGGUUUCAGAAGGUGUCCCUUGGCUGGCCGCUCUCAGAGCAAUUCAGCCAGGCCACCUGCUUCCCGGGGUUGACCGUAGCCGUGUUUCCGGCCCCCCAAGGGAAAAAAGCUCGAAUGAUACCAAUUCUAAUGUGGUUUCCUGGCUCCAGGGAGCCCCCGUGUGAAGUCUUAAAGAGAAGGUUAGUAAGGAGAAACAUUUUUUAAAGAGUGUGUUUAUUUGACACAGAGAGAGAGAAAGA